ACUACUGUUACAAUCUACAGGCUUCAUGGAUUUGCUUCCACGACUCUAGUUCAAGACUUUGGUGACUUUUCAAAAUGUUGAAGUUGAAGCCAUCCUAUCAAUCAGCGGUGACAUGAGGUCAUGAUUCACGGAGAAGAAGAAUCUGGCGAAGCAGAGGAGGAGUAAUACAAGCAAAGCAUGAACCCAAUCGAACGGUGGGUCCCCUAUGUCUGUUUAGCCGCACGUUUGUCAACUGGAGUAAAGCCAUGCUUUCAAGAAUUUGGGAUGGUACGAGCAGUGGGGUUGAUGGUAGUACCAACCACCAGAGGCGCCGUCGACAGGCCGGAAAACAGCCGCCAAGUCGCCAGAAUUCUUUCACCCGCGAUAUUGGCCACGCUGCUUCUGAGACUUAUCUUAUCACUGGCCUUAGCUUCACUCUUCUCCGAUAUCUCGGGUUACCGGUGGAUGAAUAGAUUGUUUGCCCUUGCUUGUUAUGCCAUGCUACUUUUGCCCGGUUUUCUCCAAGUGGGAUAUUAUUAUUUUUUUUCAAGUCAAGUCCGGCGGAGUAUUGUUUAUGGAGAUCAACCAAGAAAUAGAUUGGACCUAUUUUUACCAACAAAUAACGCUGAACAAGUACCAGUUGUGGUGUUUGUAACUGGAGGAGCAUGGAUCAUUGGCUACAAAGCUUGGGGUUCGCUACUGGGAAGGCAGUUGGCUGAAAGAAAUAUCAUAGUUGCAUGCAUUGAUUACAGAAAUUUUCCCCAGGGAACUAUUAGUGACAUGGUGAACGAUGUUUCUGAGGGGAUCUCAUUUGUCUGCAACAACAUUGCUGAUUAUGGAGGUGAUCCUAAGAGGAUUUAUCUAAUGGGGCAAUCAGCUGGUGCACAUAUAUCUUCUUGUGCUCUUUUGGAACAAACAAUCAAAGAAUCUAGGGGAGAGAGCACCUCAUGGAGUGUUUCCCAGUUAAAAGCUUAUUUUGGUUUAUCUGGAGGGUACAAUUUAUUUAAUUUAGUGGAGCACUUCCACAAUCGUGGCCUCUAUCGUUCCAUCUUUUUAAGCAUCAUGGAAGGAGAAGAAUCCUUUGAACAAUUUUCGCCUGAAGUUAGAAUAAAGGAUCCGUGCAUUAGAGAUGCCGUUUCUUUCUUGCCUCCUAUUAUACUUUUUCAUGGAACCGCGGAUUACUCUAUACCAUCAGAUGCCAGCAAAACUUUUGUGGAUGCUCUUCACGCAGUGGGUGCCAAAGCUGAGCUAAUUUUAUACGAAGGGAAAACUCAUACAGAUUUGUUUCUGCAAGAUCCUCUUAGAGGCGGUAAGGAUGAUCUAUUCGACCAUAUUGUUUCUGUGAUACAUGCUGAUGAUAAGGAAGCUCUUGCCAAUGAUGCUAUGGCACCACCAAGAAAACGUCUUGUUCCUGAAAUUUUGUUAAGAAUGGCCGGCCAUAUCAGCCCGUUUUAGGCCUUACGUUUCUCAAGGUCAAUCACCAUGCCAUGGAGUGUUUCCAAGAGCUCUCAUGCCAGGCAGUUGUAUUACACCCUUGUCCUGCACCUUUAUCAUUUAGUCAUCAAUUUUCGACUACUUAGCUGAUUAAUUUACUCCAUUUGGUGGUACCAUUUUGAGAGAUGCAAGCUUACCAAGUGCUUUAAACCAUGGUGAGAAAAUGAAAAGUUGUACUUUAUCCAACUCUAUUAGGUCUACCCACAAGCCAAGAUAGGCUUCUUAAUUAGAGGAAACUACAUCUUCAACCUUAUGUUAUGGAUGAACCAUUUCUUCAUCUGUUGUUACAGGCUUAGUUAACUUAUUUUCAGGAAAUGAAAGUUAUUGCAUUUAUGAA